AUGAUCUCUCAUAUUCAAAGACGAGAAAACGGACCUAUGACUCGUUGGAUUAUGCAGCCAUUACAAGAUCAUCAAGGCUUACAUGUAAUAUCAUAUAGAACGCACCACGAUUUUAUUACUGAGGAAGAAAUUAAUGAACUUAACAAAAAGCUGAUUACUGCUUCCUCUAAAUUAAGCGGUAUUGUUCGUUUUUUAAGCUGGUAUGAAGAUAAAAUGUGGCAUAUCCUAGUCAGAAAUCGAGCAUCUUUAAAUUACUUGUUUGGAUUUCUAGAAUCAGAAGCAAAUAAUCUUGUUGCUAUACCAAAAACUGCAUAUCAAGUAAAAGUAUACAGCUGUGAUUUUGGUGAAAGAGUCAAUGAUAAUUUUACAGCCUUGAAAGAGCUAAAUAAGAAAAAUGAAGGCCUAAAUGCAACAAAAUUACAUCUCAUAGAGAAUGCUGCACAGCAUGCAAUUGGAAAUUUUGUCUAUGACUUUGCAGUAUUAAAUGCAACUUUUGGAUAUAUUGAAGAACACGGAAGAGAAUUAAGAUUCAAAAACCGAAUUUUGCUAUUGCAGCUAUUGUAA